UUCAAGAAUUGCAUUUUAUUUUAGAGCCUAUUAGAGUUCACCUUUGAGAAACUAGACUUGUUCACUUCCUUUAAUAACUUGGAAUGCAAGUUACUUUACGUCACACUUUCAAUCACGGUUCAUGAGUUACUUUUGCUUUCUGAUCAGUGGUUAAGCUAAUCUUGCUGGUGACGUUUGAAUGGACACAGACAUGUAAAGGGGAAUUGUGCAGAUCACACUCACGCAACCACCACACCUUCAUAGGAAUGACACGUACUUUGUAAUUACAAAUGUCUGCCCUGAGUGUUGAUUUGUUUACUGGUUGCUGAGGUGGGGCUUAGCACAGGUUUCAAGGGAAGGAGAAAGAAAAAUGCAGGGAGUGGAAUCUCCAGCUGUGACUGUGGAGCCCUCUGCCACAGACAUUAUGUCUCUAGAGAUUUUAAAGCCACCUGUGAUGAUGACACUCACAUACUACAAAGCUUACAGGAACAAGAACUGAGAUUGCUUCGUCCUCGGAACCAAACAGGAACAGGAAUACCAGUUUUUUAAAGUGAUAACAAUGGGGCAUUCAAAUGAGCAGUACUCCAAGUGGCGGUGGCUUUUAGCUCUUGUGGGACUACUGAUGUACCUAGGGGAUAUUUGCACAGAUACUGCACUGGUUUUUAGAUAUUUCCUAGAAAAGCGCUAUGUUCAGAGUGGAUUGACUGCACUGUUUAUAAUCACUGGGCUGACAGUAAACCAGAUCUUCAGCUACACCUGGUUUUUAGAAGAUAUGCAUAAAAAUGUCAUGGACAGCAAACCAAAGCGACGAUUUUUAGUCCUGCACAUAUUUGGGAUGGGAAUCCUCCUCAGGUCUUACCACCUGCUUGAACAAGGAUACAAAGAGAUUUGGGGACAAGAAAUGUCUCAAAAUCAAAAGUCUUCAAAUGGACACCUGACGGAAGAUGAUGAGGAAGGCCCCAGCACCUCCCACCACAAUAAACUGUUCAGCGAUACUGCCGAUCUGAGCAUGUUGAAGCUUUUUGAGACUUUCCUGGAGAGUGCGCCUCAGCUUCUUUUACAGCUUUACAUAUGCCAAAGCCAUGAUGAGUGGUCAGUCUUACAGUAUAUGUCUAUGGUCUUCUCUUUCUUUAAUCUGGCAUGGUCUUUGGUGGACUACCGGAUCUGGCUGCGCAAAUCUCUUCCCCAGAGUCGAGAAUUGCCCUCAGGCCUCCCCACAGUGAUCUACCUGCUCUACAAACUCUUCACCAUCACCAGUCUCAUUCUCAGCUACAGUCUCCUCCUCAUCCUCAGCGUCUACAGCACAGUCGGCUUUGCUUCCCUUUGGCUGCUGGGAACAAUAUGGGCCCACUUGCUUCAAACCGACUUCUGCCAUUCAGGUGUCCUUGAACUGCUGUACCGUAGCGUCAUUGGUGCCAUUCUGGUUUUUACCUUUUUUAACGCAAAAGGACAAAACAUCAAAUGGGAAAUGACCGUCUAUUACUUUUUAUGGACUGUUGUAAAUUUCUCAACUCCUUUAUUAAUGUUUUUUUUAAAGCCAGAGUUGAAGACAAUUACAUUUUUCUGGGUGGUUAGUGGUGUAAUCUAUGGCGGUUCAUUGCUAGGGCUGAUUUCGCUGGUAUCAUAUUAUCGCUUCCUGCAUCCUAAACAGUGUGAGUUAGAUCAGGUGGAUGGGCAGGAAACGGAGAUGACACAUUUAACAAAGAGGACAAGGACAUUCAUAAAACCUUGACUGAAGUUUUUCCCACCUUAUCAUAAAGAAGGGCGCUCCACAUCAUUAUGGAGCCACCACCAUGUAUUAUUGUUACAAAAUUUCAUGUUUUAGUUGUGUUCACACUUGUGGCUCAUGAAUGUUAGAUUAGUUUCCAUGUCUCAAAUCAAGAAAUAUGUGAAAAGGCAUGAAAGAAAAAAAAAGCAAGCACAAGGCAGUUGUUGAGGAUUUUAGGUUUGAAUUGGGGAGUUUACACAUCAGCACACAAUGUGAUUUCCACCGAAAGAAGUCGGCAGAAAUUUUUAGUUGUUUCGAGAUGUAACCGGCAUCCUAUGCUGGGAUUUAAAAGCUGUCUUCCGGAAAUUCACCACAGUGGAAAAUGACUACUUAUGGACACCACCCAUCAUGCCACUCAAACUCAAUCUACAGUUUCCCCAUAACAUGUUCUUUGGUCCUUCAAAGUUAUUUCAAGUUAGUGCUAACUUGGGGAAGGUGUGUUAAGUUACUGAUAUACAGCAGGACCCUGGUGUUUGCAAAGUUAUAGUGAUGCUUUCAGAGGUUCACAUUAAGAGUGCAAGCUGAACCAGUGAUGUGGCUUUUAUACUUGAUGUGUACUUUGCUGCCUUAUUCUGGCCAACUCGACUGUAAACCCAGCUUUAGGAACGAGCAGUCCAUGAAUAACUAAAAUCCAUGAAUACUUGAGAGCCUCUCAAAACAGGCAUAUAAUUGAAUUUUUUAAUGUAGCUUAAUAUGCCUAGUGGGGACAGUGUUACUGCAGGAGCAAGCAUCCAUAGUCUUGCCUGUUUUCGCUCUUGGGCAUACAGCCAAUCAGCACCAAAGAACAAAAAUUGUUCUCCUGGUUUGGUUGCUUUGUAAAGACCAGCCAACAGUGUGCCAACUAACAUUGCACAUAUAGGCUUUUCAGCUUUCAAUCAUCAUUUUCAUUUAAAAAUUUUAGAUUUUCUCAGUGAAAAUAUUGGCAAAUAGGGAAGUUUUCCACAAAUAAGUGAAGGAGUUAUGUUACACCAUCACCUUUGUGAAGUCUUGAAUGGCUUUUGUACUCUUAAAAAAAUGUAUACUUAAGGUCAGACUGUUUUGAUGGGGAAACAAGCAUUUUUGUUUAAUCCCAGUUUUCGCUUGUUCAUGUGCUUGUUGGGUAGGUUAUUUUGUUGGUUUAUAUAUUCUGCUUUCUUAGAGUUAUGUAAGAUAAGCUUUUAUUUUCUUUUAGGAUUGUGGUCUUUGUUAUGUCGUCAUGAGGCCUCGCUGAAGCAAAACGUAAGUCUGUACAGAAAAUAGCAAAUAUUUGGGAGACAAUAUCUUAAGUGCCAUCUCAUCUCCUCAUUCAGUAUCUAGAUUUAUGUUAGUCCCAUAAAUCCACUUAGACCAGCGAGGGGACAUAACACCUUCAACAAGGACAAUGGCCUUAAACAUUGACCAGGCGCUACGCUGAAACAGUUUAGAUAAAAAAAAAUAAAAAUAAAAAAAAAACUUCAUUCUUAAACUGCUUUAUCACAUUUCAGACCUACUAAAAUGGCAAUACUUAAAAAUUAAUCUUUACUGAUACUCUAUGUCCAAUUUGAUUGAAAUUGAGCUACUUUGAGCUAAAUAUGCACACCACAAAGCUCAGAUUUCAAAUCAAAAAAAGAAUUGAAAACGAUCAGAG